AUGUCAAAGUCAAAUCUAAGAAAAAUAACAGUCGACCCAACCAAAUGUAAUACUGAUUCGCGUAGACCAAGUGUGUUUGAAAGGUUAGGAACUAAGCCAACAAUAACUACAACUAAUCCAACAACCACGACUAAUAAUCCUACUCCAAGUAUCACCUCUGAUUAUUGUCGUAAUUGGGCAUUGAAUGGCAAUUGUUCCUAUGGAAAAACUUGCAAAUAUGCUAAUACUCAUACAUUAAUUAGUCCUUCUAAGAGAGCUAAAAGGGAUACUUCAAAUGCUAACGUAGGGAGUAAGGAAGAUCCUUUUAAAAGAAUCACAUCAAAAGUAGUGAAGAAAACAUCACACAGUCCCGAUUUAAACAUUGAGGAGUGGAAUCAAACCGAUCUGGAGUACGAGGACGAAAAGGUGCUGGAGCGUAGGCGUCAAUUGCUGCAGCGCGAAUUGGAGUUACAAAUGAAGAAAGACAAGGAGAUACAUGGCAAGGAUAAAGUAAAGCAUAAAAAACGCGUUAUGAGUUCAUCAUCAAGUUCACGUAGCUCCAGUUCAUCGAGCAGUAGCAGCAGUUCGUCUAGCGACGACUCGUCAUCCAGCUCAACGUCGGAUUCUCGCAAUAAAAAACUAAAGAAAAUAAAAACUAAACGGCACCACAGUGCCUCGUCGGACUACGAAGACGACAAGGAUCGUGGUAAAAAGAAGCUUAAAUUAAAGCGUCUUAACAGUAGUAAGAAUGACAAAAUUCCCGUUAAAAAAAAGCGCAGAGUCGACAGUCCAGUUAAGAAAGACGUUUCUAAGCCAACUAAGAAAGCAACUGCAGCUGUAAGUGUUGGAAGGAAACACAAUUCAGUUUCCAGGACAAGGUCGCCUCUUCCCGUGGCAGUUCACACUACUAAAGCCAAAGAGAGAAAUCGCAGUGAGUCACCCAAGGGUAAAUCCAGCAAAGACGAGCGCGAGCGCGAACGUCACUACCGCAAAGGCCGUGAGACUGAGGACAGUAGCAGCGCCGCUAAAGAGGCUCCGAAGAGUUUUAAAAAUGUUGAAAAAAUUGGAAAAGAGCUGGAGAAUAAAAGUAAGAGUCGAGGAGAAGAAAAGAAAAGCGAUGAUAAAGCGAGGCCUAAAGUAAGGCCCAAAGAAAAAAAUCACAUAUCACGGACCCCGCCGAUAGAACGUCCAAAACAAUUAAAAGAAACGCCUAGUAAACUUCGUCGCAGCCGGACUCCUGAUAAACCUACUAGAUCUAAACGUGACGUAACUCCGGCUCGUCAUGUCGAAAAAUCUCCAGCUAUUAUGACUUGCUCGUCAUCUUCGUCUUCGACAAACAAGUCACGGGAAUUGGAGAGGAAAGAUCGUGACAGUGUUCACAAACGUGACCGAAGUAAAGAUCGCGACGAUGCGCGUAAAAGUGAACUAAAGUCCCGGUUGUCUAAUCAAGAAGACAGUAAAAAAAUACUCUCUUCCCGUGAUGAUGAUAAAAAUCACGGAGAUAAUCGGAGUCGCGCGAAGAGUCGUGAGCGUCGAGACAAAGAUUUUAACCGCGGAGAUGAUUCGCGUCAUCGCGUUCAAAUGCGCUCAGAUCAACGCGACAAGGAUCGCGAUGAUAUAAUAGACCGGGGAAAUGUUUCACGAGAGCGUCAGCGUGAUCGUGAUAAAGAUUGCACCCAGAAACGCGAUCGUGAAUUGACUGUAGGAAUUAACAGUGGUGUUGAUAAAAAUUCACGUUAUAUUAGAGAUAAAGACCGGAUUAAAGACAAUGUUAUGAAGGAUGACAAAAAUAAUUCCCGAGAUCGUCGCGGUGAUAUUAAAUUGUCUGACCGUGAUAAUAAGAGUUCUUCCCAGAGGUUUGAUGGUAAUAAGUAUGACCGUGCAAUGGACAAAGAGGCUGUGCAUAAAAAUGUCGACCGGGAGAGACUGGAUCGUUUUCCUAGAGAGCGUUCUUUGGAAAAACCUGUUGAUAAAAAUGUAUCUGUCUCACGGGGUGAACAUUUGCCUGAACGCGAUGCUAUUUAUGAAAGAGGCGGUGGUGGGAGACAUCGCCGGGUCCAGGGUGGGACCAGGUACGAAAGAGGAGGACACUCUAGCUUGGAGCACGAUAGGAAAGAAAUUCCCUCGGUUAAAAUAGACCGACGGGAGAGUCCUCGCAGGAGCAUGGAGGUUGACAGGAAUUUUGACCGCGGGUAUUCGAGAGUCUCUGCUGAUCACUGGGAGCAGCAGGAUGAGCCAGUGCGCCUGGAUUAUCAUCAUGAGGAGGAUCGCAGGAAGCCGAUGGAGACUCGUAAAUUUAAUAGUCCGUUUAAUGAACGACGGGGACGUGGCAGAGGUGGUGGGACUGCUGGUGAUGAUGACAGACCACCGCCCAGGUACCCGGUUCAGAACGAGAGACCUUUUGAUGAGCACCAUCAUAUGUACAGUGGCGAUAAGCUACCUCCUCAUCGUCCUGGUCCUGCUAGGGAUGAGAGUAGUAAUGAUAAUUGGGACAUGCAUCACGAGGCUGAUCACAGCAGAGAUCGUGUGUUUCCUCCUGACUGGGAGGAGAGGGACUGGCGGCCUAGGAAUCAUCACUGGGACAGGGAGAGUCUUCCCAGGUCUGAGGCUCAUGAGGAGGAAUGGCCUCAGAGAUAUGACAGUCCGAUGGCUGAUUGGAAGAUUAAUGAAGCUAGGAAGCCUUGGGAGAACCAACCGAUUCAUCAAUCAAUAAGGGGCUCUUAUAGGAAUGACCGGCAUAAAGAUCUGGAUAUUGGAGAGAAUAUUUAUCCCAAACGCCGCGGUCCGUAUAAUACUCCUGAAAUUAGGGAUGAUUGUGGCAGUCAUGGGUCCAAGCAGAGUUCUUUGCAUGGUAGUAUGAAGGAAGAGCCUAUUAAUAAAAAAUUGAUGGAGUUGGCGGAGGGAAGGCCUAGGAGGAGUCGAGAGAAAUCUACGGAUAGCUUGCAGAAGAAAUCCCUUUCUAAGGAAAAAAUAAUAUUGGAGCCGAAAGUAUUGGAGCAGCCGGUUGGAGUUGAAUUGAAGCGCCCGUGCUUGGAGGAAUCGUUGACUCGGCACACGGAGAGUGACUUAAGUGACAUCAGUGAUGAUCCUGAUGAUAUUCUUAAUAUGGAGGAUGAAGAAUCUGAGGAUAAAAAGUCGGUUGAUGAUAAGGAUAUUGUUAAUAAACCUUUGGUGAUUAAUAAUGAGGAGGUUGUUCAGGUGAGCAAGCCUUCGCCUGAACAAAUUACUGAUGAUUCUGCUAAUUCUGGUGUUCCUGUUGUGGGUGUUGCUGUGGCUAGUGUUGCUAAUGCUGUGCCUGCUAAUAGUUUUAUUGGUAAGGAGAAGGAUAAGGAUAAGGAUAAGGAGGAACAACCGGAGGCUGCUGCUAUUGAUGAGGAUAACAUGGAGGCGAUGGACUUUGAGGAAAUUUCAGAUGGUGAGUUGGAGGAAGAUAUCAAGACUAGUGGCAAGGGUUUGGGUGAUGCGCUGGGUGUUGAUUGGGAGAGCUUGGUUAAAGAGACUCAGCCUAGGAGGCAAGUUUCUAAUUUAGAUUCUGCUCAGUGUCGCUGGCAGUGCAAAGCUAUUUUUCAGAGGAUUGGAAUUUCUGUUAAGUAUGCUGGGGAGGAAUUUAUUAAUAAACUUAAGAGUAAAUAUGAUGGGGAUGGAGAGUUGCUGCUUGAUAAUGUUGCGAUGAUCCACACGGCGCUUUUUAGGGAAAAAAUUAAUAAUGAUCCGGUGUGCGGGUUGGUUAUUGCUGAUGAUAGUCUUUAUAGGAUUAAUGGACGUGGUAAAUAUCAAGAUGAUGACCCGGAAGUUCUUAAACCUUUUACUAGUUUGUUUGAAGAAGCUAAGUUGUUAUUGCAGCACGCGUAA